UGAGUAGUGCUGCUGUGUUCCGACAUCACGUAAAGGCGCGCGCGCGUGGGCUAUUAACCUGAAGAAAGGAAAGAGUUUUAGGACCUGAGUACUGAGUGUAGAGGGGGAAAAAGUUUUAAAAGUUUAAUCAGAAAAAUCAGAGAAGGAGAACCAGAAGAAAAGUUACUUAAGGUAAACUAAAAUAAAGAAGAAGAAAGUCAAGCUACAGCAACAAGGAAGAAGAAGAAGAAGAAACCGGCAGAAUGAUAGCGUCGCAUCUCCUGGCGUACUACGUUACUGAACUCCAGCAUGACCAGGUUCAGAAAGUCGAUAAGUUUCUGUACCACCUUCGUCUGUCCAACGAGAACCUGAUGGAUGUGUCCGUGCGCUUCAGAAGGGAGAUGGACAAAGGCCUGGGCAGGGACACCAACCUCACCGCCUCGGUCAAAAUGCUGCCUACGUUUGUGCGCUCCACACCCGAUGGAACAGAGAAAGGUGAUUUCCUGGCGCUCGACCUCGGAGGGACGAACUUCAGAAUCCUGCGAGUGAAAGUUUCCUCUAACGGCAAACAGACGGUGGAGAUGGAGAACCAGAUCUACGCCAUUCCAGAGACACUGAUGAGGGGCAGCGGGACAGAGCUCUUUGACCACAUCGCUGAAUGCCUCGCCAACUUCCUGGAGAAACUCGGCAUCAAGGAGCAGAAACUGCCGCUGGGCUUCACCUUCUCCUUUCCGUGUCAGCAGACCAAACUGGACGAGAGCAUCCUGGUGACGUGGACCAAGGGCUUCAAGGCAAGCGGCGUGGAGGGGAAAGACGUGGUCAUGCUGCUGAGAAAAGCCAUCAAAAAGAGAGGGGACUUCGACAUCGACAUCGUCGCCGUGAUCAACGACACCGUUGGCACCAUGAUGACCUGCGGCUUCGACGACCAUAACUGCGAGAUCGGCCUCAUCGUAGGUACGGGUACGAACGCAUGCUACAUGGAGGAGAUGAGGAACAUGGAGCUGGUGGAAGGAGACGAGGGCCGCAUGUGUGUGAACAUGGAGUGGGGAGCGUUCGGAGACGACGGAGCGCUCGACGACAUCCGCACCGACUUUGACCGCGAGAUCGACGCCGGAUCGAUAAACCCCGGGAAACAGCUGUUUGAGAAGAUGAUCAGUGGUAUGUACAUGGGUGAGCUGGUGCGGAUCAUUCUAGUGAAGAUGACUAAAGCAGGACUGCUGUUUAAGGGCCGGACCACGCCCGACCUGCUCGUCAACGGCCACUUCAAAACCAGCUACGUCUCGGAGAUCGAGAACGACAAGAGUAAGGAAGGCCUGGUAUGUGUGGAGAAGGUUCUGCGUGAUCUGGGCUUGGAUCCGUCCCCUGAGGAUUGCGUGGCCGUGCAGCGCGUGUGUGAGAUUGUGUCAACGCGAGCGGCUCAUUUGUGCGCGGCGUCGCUUGUCGCAGUGCUGCGGCAAAUCCGCGACAACAAGGCCGUAGAUCGGAUGCGCACUACGAUCGGAGUGGACGGCUCCGUGUACAAGAACCACCCGCAGUUUGCGCGGCGGCUACACAAGAUGGUGCGUUGUCUAGUCCCUGACUGCGAUGUGCGCUUCAUGCGAUCGGAGGACGGCAGCGGAAAGGGCGCCGCCAUGGUAACGGCGGUGGCCUACAGGUUAGCGAAGCAGCACGCCGAGCGCCAGCAGGUCCUGGACACGCUGCGGCUUAGCCGCGAACAACUGAUGGAGGUGAAGAAGAGGAUGGAGGUGCAAAUGAAAAAGGGACUCGCCCGGGACACGCAUGACUCGGCGUCCGUGAAAAUGCUGCCCACCUACGUCAGAGCCACGCCCGACGGCACAGAGCACGGAGACUUCCUGGCGCUGGACCUGGGCGGGACAAACUUCCGCGUGCUGCUGGUCCGAGUGCGCAGCGGGAAACGACGCAGCGUAGAGAUGCACAACAAGAUUUACACCAUUUCCCAGGACAUCAUGCAGGGCACGGGGGAAGAGCUGUUUGAUCACAUCGUUCACUGCAUCAGUGACUUCCUGGAGUACAUGGGAAUGAAGGGAGCGUCGUUACCUCUGGGAUUCACCUUCUCGUUUCCCUGCCAUCAAGCAGGAUUGAACAAGGGCAUCCUGCUGAACUGGACGAAGGGAUUCAAGGCCAGCGGCUGUGAAGGAGAAGACGUUGCGGUUCUCCUCAAAGACGCCAUCCACCGCAUGGAGGAGUUUGAUCUGGACGUGGUUGCCGUGGUGAACGACACGGUGGGGACGAUGAUGUCGUGCGGACACGAGGACCCUCAGUGUGAAGUGGGGCUUAUCGUAGGUACGGGGACGAACGCAUGCUACAUGGAGGAGAUGAGGAACGUGGAGCUGGUGGAAGGAGACGAGGGCCGCAUGUGUGUGAACAUGGAGUGGGGAGCGUUCGGAGACGACGGAGUGCUCGACGAUUUCUGCACAGUGUUCGAUCACGCCGUGGACGAGAACUCCACCAACCCCGGCAAGCAGAGGUUUGAGAAGAUGAUCAGCGGGAUGUACCUCGGCGAGAUCGUCAGGAACGUCCUGCUGGAUUUCACCGCCAAAGGCCUGCUGUUCCGUGGAAAACUCUCAGAGAGACUCAAGACCCGCGGCAUAUUCGAGACCAAGUUCCUUUCCCAGAUCGAGAGUGACCGCCUGGCUCUGCGGCAGGUCCGCUCCAUCCUGCAGCACCUGGGUCUGACCACCAGCACGUGUGACGACAGCAUCCUGGUGAAGGAGGUGUGCAGCGUCGUGUCUCAGAGAGCGGCCCAGCUGUGCGGCGCCGCGCUCGCCGCCGUCGUCGACAAAAUCCGCCAGAACCGCAACCUCAACUCCCUCAGCGUCACUGUGGGCGUGGACGGAACCCUCUAUAAGCUCCACCCACACUUCUCCAGCAUCAUGCAGGAAACCGUGCGAGACCUGGCGCCCCAGUGUGACGUCACUCUGCUCCAGUCGGAGGACGGCAGCGGGAAGGGCGCCGCCCUGAUCACGGCCGUAGCCUGCCGCAUGAGGAACGCGUAACAGCACCAGCCGCCGGCGUGACAAGAGAAGAAGAGAAACUUGAAAUUGUGUUCUUCCAGAUAUGAUUAGCGCUGUAUCGUUUUGUGUGUGUGUGUGUGUGUGUGUGUGUGAGAGAGAGAGUGUGUGUGGUUUAAGUAUAGAAAGUGCAGGGAGGAUAAGGGAAAAGGGGUUGUCCGGGGGAGGGAGGGGUUAUGUGACUCAGAUGGUAAUUUAUUUGUAACAUUACUGUGUAGUUCAAAAAAGAAAAAGUUUUAUUACUGAUGAACAGAGACUCUUUUUUUCUCCAUAAAAACCAGAUGUUCAGGUUAAAGUUCUCCUUUCUGUUCAGUCACUGGAUCAUGUGACCACCAUUCUCAUAAAUAUCGCCCCCUGCUGGUGAAGCACUGAGAACGGAGGUGUAAAAAAACAAAACAAAAGAAAUAGGACUGCCGAUCCACACAACAAUUUUCACUCCAAGUAUUUCAGAAUGUUUUUGUUUUAUUUUUGCUGCUGAUAUGAAAAAAAAUCUCUCUCUCGCAUGCACAUUGCAACCUAAACCAUAAGAACACAAGCUUCCUUCUAGCUAAUCCUAGCUAGCAACCUACCAACCAACCAACUAACUUAUUAUUGUUAUUAAUUAUUAUUAUUAUUAUUAUUAUUAUUAUUAUUUACUCAGAUGAUAAUAAUUACACUCCAAACAGCUUCAUGGUUCUGCUUUAUUUCCACUACGCAUUUAAAGUUCUACAAGAUAUUAUUUAAAAUCUCAUAUAAUUUAUUUAAACAUUUAAAAGAAUGACAUUUCAUUUUGAUUCAACUGUAACUAAAAUGAAAAUACAUUAAAAAUGUAAAAUAAAAUAAUAAUAAUAAUAAUCUCAAACUGGGAUUUGAUUACAAUCGUUUAAAAUAUAAAAAACAAACAAACAAACAACAGAUUCCAGUUACUUUGUAAUUAUGUAUUGUUGAUUAGAAAAAAACAACAACAAAAAAGAAAAGCUCUGUCGCUGGGAUAGUUAGGAAACUUUUUGUCAACACUUUAUCAUUAAUGUACUACUGUACGUCUUUUCCCUUCAGUCUACACUUUUACAGUUUUCAAAAAAUUAAAUAUUUUGUAUACAAAACAGCUGCUUGUGU